ACAUGCUAGAACAAAAGUGGGGCUAAUAGUCAUUUAACAUAAAACCCCUUUUUUUAGUUUGCCGGAGUUGGAUAAUCAAUAGUCAUAAAUGGCUUACACGAACAUAAUGGCGGUUGCAGUUACAACGGUGCUGCUUCUAGCGGUAGUGAUCGCUCCUCAGUGGACAGAGGCAAAAAAACCACCGCAACAAACAGAUACAUCGGAUACAGACCGUACAUCAGGUACAGACCGUACAGUGUGCCCGUUUUCAGUCCCUGAAAUCGUCCAAAAUUGCUACGCAACGAUGAGUGCGUUGCCAUCAGAAAAAUGCUGCAAGGAUCUCAAAACGGCGAGCAAGACGGACGUGACUUGUCUCUGCAACAAUGUCAUGCACGCCGUCCAGCUUAUAAUGUUUUUCGACAUUCUAAUCUGUCCUUGGCAACUUCUUCGCUAA